GGCGCUGUUGCUGUGGCUGAGAUUUGGCCGCCGCCUCCCCCACCCGGCCUGCGCCCUCCCUCCCCCUCGGCGCUCGCUCGCGGCUCGCGGCUCGCGCUCGCUCCUCUCCCCUCGCAGCCGGCCGGGGCCGGCGCCGACCCCAGCCCGGGAGCCCUUGCCGGCCCGGCCGCCCGCGCUCGGGGCUGUUUCCGCGAGCAGGUGAAAAUGGCCGAGAACUUGCUGGACGGACCGCCCAACCCCAAACGAGCCAAACUCAGCUCGCCCGGCUUCUCGGCGAAUGACAGCACAGAUUUUGGAUCAUUGUUUGACUUGGAAAAUGAUCUUCCUGAUGAGCUGAUCCCCAAUGGAGGAGAAUUAAGCCUUUUAAACAGUGGGAACCUCGUUCCAGAUGCUGCUUCCAAACAUAAACAACUGUCGGAGCUACUGCGUGGAGGCAGCGGCUCUAGUAUCAACCCAGGAAUAGGAAAUGUUAGCGCCAGCAGCCCCGUGCAGCAAGGCCUUGGCGGCCAGGCUCAGGGGCAGCCGAACAGUGCAAACAUGGCCAGCUUGGGUGCCAUGGGCAAGAGCCCUCUGAACCAGGGAGAUUCUUCAGCCCCCAGCCUGCCCAAACAGGCAGCCAGCACCUCUGGGCCCACUCCCCCUGCUUCGCAAGCACUGAAUCCGCAAGCACAAAAGCAGGUGGGGCUGGUGACCAGCAGCCCUGCCACAUCGCAGACGGGACCUGGGAUCUGCAUGAAUGCUAACUUUAACCAGACCCACCCAGGCCUCCUCAAUAGUAACUCUGGCCAUAGUUUAAUGAACCAGGCCCAGCAAGGACAGGCGCAAGUCAUGAAUGGUUCUCUUGGGGCCGCUGGCAGAGGAAGGGGAGCUGGGAUGCCGUACCCUGCUCCAGCCAUGCAGGGGGCCACAAGCAGUGUGCUGGCCGAGACGUUAACACAGGUUUCACCGCAAAUGGCCAGUCACGCCGGACUGAACACGGCGCAGGCAGGAGGCAUGACCAAGAUGGGAAUGACUGGUAACACAAGUCCAUUCGGACAACCCUUUAGUCAAACUGGAGGGCAGCAAAUGGGAGCCCCUGGAGUAAACCCCCAGUUAUCCAGCAAACAGAGCAUGGUCAAUAGUUUGCCUCCCUUCCCUACAGACAUCAAGAAUGCUUCAGUCACCAACGUGCCAAACAUGUCUCAGAUGCAAACUUCAGUGGGAAUUGUCCCCACACAGGCGAUCGCAGCGGGCCCCACUGCAGAUCCUGAGAAACGCAAACUGAUACAGCAGCAGCUGGUUCUACUGCUUCAUGCUCAUAAGUGUCAGAGACGAGAACAAGCGAACGGAGAGGUUCGGGCCUGCUCUCUCCCACACUGUCGAACCAUGAAAAAUGUUUUGAAUCACAUGACACAUUGUCAGGCUGGGAAAGCCUGUCAAGCCAUCCUGGGGUCUCCAGCUAGUGGGAUUCAGAACACAAUUGGUUCUGUUGGCACAGGCCAGCAGAAUGCCGCGUCUUUAAGUAACCCAAAUCCCAUAGACCCCAGCUCCAUGCAGCGCGCGUACGCUGCUCUUGGACUCCCCUACCUGAACCAGCCCCAGACGCAGCUGCAGCCUCAGGUUCCCGGCCAGCAACCAGCACAGCCUCAGACUCACCAGCAGAUGAGGACUCUCAACCCCCUGGGAAAUAACCCAAUGAACAUUCCAGCAGGAGGAAUAACAACAGAUCAGCAGCCACCAAACUUGAUUUCAGAAUCAGCUCUUCCAACUUCCCUUGGGGCCACAAACCCACUGAUGAACGAUGGCUCGAGCCCUGCAAACAUUGGGACCCUCAGCACUAUACCUACAGCGGCCCCUCCUUCCAGCACUGGCGUUCGGAAAGGGUGGCACGAACACGUCACUCAGGACCUGCGGAGCCAUCUAGUGCAUAAACUCGUCCAAGCCAUCUUUCCAACCCCUGACCCGGCAGCCCUGAAGGAUCGCCGCAUGGAGAACCUGGUGGCUUACGCUAAGAAAGUGGAGGGGGAUAUGUAUGAGUCUGCCAACAGCAGGGAUGAAUACUAUCACUUACUGGCAGAAAAAAUCUACAAGAUACAAAAAGAACUAGAAGAAAAGCGGAGGUCGCGUUUGCACAAACAAGGCAUCUUGGGUAACCAGCCCUCCCUGCCGGCUCCCGGGGCGCAGCCCCCAGGGAUUCCGCAGACACAGCCUGUGAGGCCUCCAAACGGACCCAUGCCCUUGCCGGUGAACCGCGUGCAGGUGUCCCAAGGGAUGAAUUCAUUUACCCCGAUGUCCUUGGGGAAUGUACAGUUGCCACAAGCUCCCAUGGGACCGCGUGCAGCAUCCCCCAUGAACCACUCUGUCCCAAUGAACAGCAUGGGCUCCGUUCCAGGGAUGGCCAUUUCUCCUUCCCGAAUGCCUCAGCCUCCGAACAUGAUGGGCGCUCACACCAACAACAUUAUGGCCCAGGCGCCUGCGCAGAACCAGUUCCUGCCACAGAGCCAGUUCCAAUCCUCCAGUGGGGCGAUGAGCGUAAACAGUGUGGGCAUGGGGCAGCCGGCGGCCCAGACAGGCGUGCCACAGGGACAGGUGCCUGGUGCCACUCUUCCUAACCCUCUGAACAUGCUUGGGCCCCAGGCCGGCCAGCUGCCCUGCCCACCAGUGACACAGUCACCGUUGCACCAGACGCCACCUCCUGCUUCCACGGCUGCUGGCAUGCCAUCUCUCCAGCACCCGACGGCACCUGGGAUGACUCCUCCUCAGCCAGCAGCCCCCACCCAGCCAUCGACUCCCGUGUCGUCUUCCGGGCAGACUCCCACCCCGACUCCAGGCUCUGUGCCCAGUGCUAGCCAAACCCAGAGCACCCCUACGGUCCAGGCAGCAGCCCAGGCCCAGGUGACCCCGCAGCCUCAGACCCCAGUCCAGCCCCCGUCUGUGGCCACCCCUCAGUCAUCACAGCAGCAGCCGACACCUGUGCACACCCAGCCUCCUGGCACACCGCUUUCCCAGGCAGCCGCCAGCAUCGAUAACAGGGUCCCCACUCCUUCCUCGGUGGCCAGUGCUGAAACCAACUCCCAGCAGCCAGGACCCGACGUACCAAUGCUGGAAGUGAAGACAGAGGUCAAGACUGAGGAUGCUGAGCCCGAUGCCAGUGACUCCAAGGGGGAGCCUGGGUCUGCGAUGAUGGAGGAGGAUCUACAGGGAUCUUCUCAAGUUAAAGAAGAAACAGACACAACAGAACAGAAAUCAGAACCGAUGGAAGUGGAUGAGAAGAAACCGGAAGUCAAAGUAGAAGCUAAAGAGGAAGAAGAGAACAACGCUAAUGGGGCCGCCUCUCAGUCAACAUCUCCUUCACAGCCACGCAAGAAAAUCUUUAAGCCAGAGGAGUUACGCCAGGCUCUGAUGCCAACCCUCGAAGCGCUGUAUCGACAGGAUCCGGAGUCCCUACCUUUUCGGCAGCCUGUAGAUCCUCAGCUCCUAGGAAUUCCGGAUUAUUUUGACAUUGUGAAGAAUCCCAUGGACCUUUCCACCAUCAAACGGAAGCUGGAUACAGGGCAGUACCAAGAACCCUGGCAGUAUGUGGACGAUGUCUGGCUUAUGUUCAACAAUGCCUGGCUCUAUAAUCGUAAGACGUCCCGGGUCUAUAAGUUCUGCAGUAAACUUGCCGAGGUCUUUGAGCAAGAAAUUGACCCUGUUAUGCAGUCCCUUGGAUAUUGCUGUGGACGCAAGUAUGAGUUUUCCCCACAGACUUUGUGCUGCUACGGGAAGCAGCUGUGUACAAUUCCUCGUGACGCUGCCUACUACAGCUAUCAGAAUAGGUAUCAUUUCUGUGAGAAGUGUUUCACAGAGAUCCAGGGGGAGAAUGUUACCCUGGGUGACGACCCUUCACAGCCCCAGACGACAAUUUCAAAGGAUCAGUUUGAAAAGAAGAAAAAUGAUACCUUAGAUCCUGAACCUUUUGUUGAUUGCAAGGAGUGUGGCCGGAAGAUGCAUCAGAUUUGUGUUCUGCACUAUGACAUCAUCUGGCCUUCAGGCUUUGUGUGUGACAACUGUUUGAAGAAAACUGGCAGAACUCGGAAAGAAAACAAGUUCAGUGCUAAGAGACUACAGACCACACGAUUGGGCAACCACUUGGAAGACCGAGUCAACAAGUUUUUGCGGCGACAGAAUCAUCCUGAAGCCGGGGAAGUCUUUGUCCGUGUGGUGGCCAGCUCAGACAAGACUGUGGAGGUCAAGCCCGGGAUGAAGUCACGGUUUGUGGAUUCUGGGGAAAUGUCAGAAUCUUUCCCGUAUCGAACCAAAGCGCUCUUUGCUUUUGAGGAAAUUGACGGAGUGGAUGUGUGCUUCUUUGGGAUGCACGUGCAGGAAUAUGGCUCUGAUUGCCCCCCUCCAAAUACAAGGCGUGUGUACAUAUCUUAUCUGGACAGUAUUCAUUUCUUCCGGCCCCGAUGCCUCCGGACAGCUGUUUACCAUGAGAUCCUUAUUGGAUAUUUAGAAUAUGUGAAGAAAUUGGGGUAUGUAACAGGACACAUUUGGGCCUGCCCCCCAAGUGAAGGAGACGACUAUAUCUUCCAUUGCCACCCCCCUGAUCAGAAAAUCCCCAAACCAAAGCGCCUACAGGAGUGGUACAAGAAGAUGCUGGACAAGGCGUUUGCGGAGCGGAUCAUUCAUGACUACAAGGACAUUUUCAAACAAGCAACUGAAGACAGGCUCACCAGCGCCAAGGAGCUGCCCUAUUUUGAGGGCGAUUUCUGGCCUAAUGUGCUGGAAGAGAGCAUUAAGGAGUUGGAGCAAGAAGAAGAGGAGAGGAAGAAGGAGGAGAGCACGGCGGCUAGCGAGACAACAGAGGGCAGCCAGGGCGACAGCAAGAAUGCCAAGAAGAAGAACAACAAGAAAACCAACAAGAAUAAAAGCAGCAUCAGUCGAGCCAACAAGAAGAAGCCCAGCAUGCCCAAUGUGUCCAAUGACUUGUCCCAGAAGCUCUACGCCACGAUGGAGAAGCACAAAGAGGUCUUCUUUGUGAUCCACCUGCACGCUGGGCCUGUCAUCAACACGCUGCCCCCCAUCGUUGACCCUGACCCCCUGCUCAGCUGUGACCUCAUGGAUGGGCGGGACGCCUUCCUCACACUCGCCAGAGACAAGCACUGGGAGUUCUCUUCCUUGCGCCGGUCCAAGUGGUCCACACUGUGCAUGCUGGUGGAGCUGCACACCCAGGGCCAGGACCGCUUCGUCUACACCUGCAACGAGUGCAAGCACCAUGUGGAGACGCGCUGGCACUGCACCGUGUGCGAGGACUAUGACCUUUGCAUCAACUGCUACAACACCAAGAGCCACGCCCACAAGAUGGUGAAGUGGGGGCUGGGCCUGGACGACGAGGGCAGUAGCCAGGGCGAGCCACAGUCCAAGAGCCCCCAGGAGUCGCGGCGCCUGAGCAUCCAGCGCUGCAUCCAGUCCCUGGUGCACGCCUGCCAGUGCCGCAACGCCAACUGCUCGCUGCCAUCCUGCCAGAAGAUGAAGCGGGUGGUGCAGCACACCAAGGGCUGCAAGCGCAAGACCAACGGGGGCUGUCCGGUGUGCAAGCAGCUCAUCGCCCUCUGCUGCUACCACGCCAAACACUGCCAAGAAAACAAAUGCCCGGUGCCCUUCUGCCUCAACAUCAAACACAAGCUCCGCCAGCAGCAGAUCCAGCACCGCCUGCAGCAGGCUCAGCUCAUGCGCCGGCGGAUGGCCACCAUGAACACCCGCAAUGUGCCUCAGCAGAGUCUGCCUUCCCCUACCUCAGCUCCGCCCGGGACCCCCACACAGCAGCCCAGCACGCCCCAGACGCCGCAGCCCCCGGCUCAACCCCAGCCCUCACCCGUGAGCAUGUCACCAGCCGGCUUCCCCAGUGUGGCCCGGACUCAGCCCCCCACGACGGUGUCCACCGGGAAGCCCGCCAACCAGGUGCCAGCCCCGCCGCCCCCCGCACAGCCCCCACCAGCCGCGGUGGAAGCGGCCCGGCAGAUUGAGCGGGAGGCCCAGCAGCAGCAGCACCUGUACCGGGUGAACAUCAACAACGGCAUGCCCCCGGGGCGCACGGGCAUGGUUACCCCGGUGAGCCAGAUGGCCCCCGUGGGCCUGAACGUGCCCCGUCCCAGCCAGGUCAGUGGGCCCGUCAUGCCCAACCUGCCACCCGGGCAGUGGCAGCAGGCGCCUCUCCCCCAGCAGCAGCCAAUGCCGGGCAUGGCCCGGCCUGUGCUGUCCAUGCAGGCCCAGCCGGCCGUGGCCGGCCCGCGGAUGUCCGGCGUGCAGCCGCCCCGGAGCAUCUCGCCCGGCGCCCUACAGGACCUGCUGCGGACCCUGAAGUCGCCCAGCUCCCCGCAGCAGCAGCAGCAGGUGCUCAACAUCCUCAAGUCCAACCCGCAGCUGAUGGCGGCCUUCAUCAAGCAGCGCACAGCCAAGUAUGUGGCCAGUCAGCCUGGCCUGCAGCCCCAACCCGGCCUGCAGCCCCAGCCCGGCCUCCAGGCCCAGCCCGGCCUGCACCAGCAGCCCGGCCUGCAGAACCUGAAUGCCAUGCAAGCCGGCGGGCCCCGGCCCGGCGUGCCUCCGCAGCAGCAGGCGAUGGGAGGCCUGAACCCCCAGGGCCAGGCCCUGAACAUCAUGAACCCGGGCCACAGCCCCGGCAUGGCGAGCAUGAACCCGCAGUACCGGGAGAUGCUCCGCCGGCAGCUGCUCCAGCAGCAGCAGCAGCAGCAGGGCAGUGCAGGCAUGGCCGGGGGCAUGGCCGGGCACGGCCAGUUCCAGCAGCCCCAGGGACCCGGAGGCUACCCCCCAGCCAUGCAGCAGCAGCGGAUGCAGCAGCACCUCCCCAUCCAGGGCGGCUCCAUGGGCCAGAUGGCGGCUCAGAUGGGACAGCUCGGCCAGAUGGGGCAGCCGGGGCUGGGCGCAGACAGCACCCCCAACAUCCAGCAGGCCCUGCAGCAGCGGAUUCUGCAGCAGCAGCAGAUGAAGCAGCAGAUCGGCUCCCCGGGCCAGCCGAACCCCAUGAGCCCCCAGCAGCACAUGCUCUCAGGACAACCGCAGGCCUCGCACCUCCCCGGCCAGCAGAUGGCCACGUCCCUCAGUAGCCAGGUGCGGUCUCCGGCCCCUGUCCAGUCUCCGCGGCCCCAGUCCCAGCCUCCACAUUCCAGCCCGUCGCCACGGAUACAGCCCCAGCCUUCUCCACACCACGUCUCGCCCCAGACUGGUUCCCCCCACCCAGGACUCGCAGUCACCAUGGCCAGCUCCAUAGAUCAGGGACACUUGGGGAACCCCGAACAGAGUGCAAUGCUCCCGCAGCUGAACACCCCCAACAGGAGUGCGUUGUCCAGUGAGCUGUCCCUGGUCGGCGACACCACAGGAGAUACCCUAGAAAAGUUUGUGGAGGGUUUGUAGCAUUGUGAGAGCAUCGCCUUUUUUUUCCCCCCUUUCAUGUUCUUGGACCUUUUGUACUGAAAUCCAGGCAUCUAGGCUCUUUUUAUUCCUAGACGGAACUGCUACUUCCAAGCCAUGGAAGGGUAGAUUGCUGUUUAAAGAAACAAUACAAAGAAUAUAUUUUUUUGUUAAAAACCAGUUGAUUUAAAUAUCUGGUCUCUCUCUCUCUCUCCUUUUGUUUUUGUUUUUUGUUUUUGUUUUUUUGUUUUGGGGGGAGGGGGGUUUUGUUUGGAUUCUUUUUGUCGUCAUUACUGGUGACUCAUGCCUUUUUUUAACGGGAAAAACAAGUUCAUUAUAUUCAUAUUUUUUAUUUGUAUUUUCAAGACUUUAAACAUUUAUGUUUAAAAGUGAGAAGAAAAAUAAUAUUCAGAAACUGAUUCUUGAAAUAAUGCAAGCUUAUAAUGUAUCCCGAUAACUUUCUGACGUUGCGGGAAGAUUUUUUUCUAUAGUGAACUCUGUGGGCGUUCUCCAAGUAUUACCCCUGGACGAUAGGAAUUGGCUCCUGCGUGCACACACGUACACACCCACACACACAUCUAUCUAUACAUACUGGCCUAAGCCAAACUUUUGUCUUGCAGAUGUAGAAAUUGUUGCUUUGUUUCUCUGAUAAAACUGGUUUUAGACAAAAAAUAGGGAUGAUCACUCUCUUAGACCAUGCUAAUGUUAAUAGAGAAGAAGCAUUCUUUUCUUUCUUCUAUGUGAAACUUGAAAUGAGGAAAAGCAAUUCUAGUGUAAAUCAUGCAAGCGCUAUAAUUACUAUAAAUAAGAAAAUUCAAGAAGAUUCAAUCACUGUAUAGAAUGGUAAAGUACCAACUCAUUUCUUAUAUCAUAUUGUUAAAUAAACUGUGUGCAACAGACAAAAA